AUGGCAUUCUCCCCGUCCACAAAAAACAUUCCCAUAAAUAAAGGCGACACAACUUUCGAGGUGCAUCCACGAGCUGAUGCCAUUCGUUCCAAGUUGAUCUACACUUUCUACCUGAUUGACCAUCUGCGGGGACUCAGUCAUGCUGUCCCACGGCACAACAUACAGGAUUUUCUGGACCCGAAGAAACGAAAGAAGCUGAUGCUUACUGACCACCACCAGCUGGUCCGCUUCAAUGUUACGCCGAUCCGGAAUGUUAUGGUCACUCAAGAGAAACGAUGGCGCAACCGUAUCCAAGUGCGUUGCAGCCACUGGCCCCCUUUGACCAUGUGGGCUUCUUCGGUCUUGAACAGCAAACUCUUCAAAGGUUUCAUCCUUUUCCUCAUCUUCCUUAACAUGCUGGUCCUCAUGAUCUCAACGGAGAUAGUGGAGAACACGGAUGAAAAGUUUGUGAAAAUGAAGAUAACUCUGGAGGUGAUCAUCUGGGUAAUUAUACUCAUCUUUAUAGCUGAGAUUGGGCUGCAUUGGACUAUUAGCUUUCGGAAGUACUGGACGAACCCCUGGAACAUCUUUGACUUCACUGUCACCCUCGUAUCCUUCAUCCCAGAGUUGUUAUAUCUGUCAGACAAGACCCACAAUGUGGCAUUCAUACGGCUCCUCCAGGUUUGCCGUGUGCUGCGCUGCUUAAAGCUCUUCUCCAGGGUCCGGCAAGUCCGAGUUCUCAUCAUGGCCAUUGCCAAAGCCCUGAAAGCCAUGGCCUUCAUUCUGGUGCUCCUCCUUUUCUUCUUCUACGUUUUUGCUGUUUCUGGCAUUUUCUUCUUUGAGAGCUACAGCCGCUCAGACCGGGAUGAUCUGAUGUACAACAUGUACUUCACAGACAUGCCCAAUGCUUUGGUGACUGUCUUCAUACUCUUCACCAUGGACCAUUGGUACUCUCUGCUGCAGGACUCAUGGAAGGUCCCGGAGAUCAACAAGGUAAUCAGUGGCCUGUUUGUCUGCCUGUGGCUUCUCAUUGGGGCCUUCAUCUUCAGGAACCUCUUUGUGGCCAUCAUGGUCACUAAUUUCCAGAACAUACGAAGUGACCUAAGUGAGGAAGUGCAUCAGAUUGUGACUCAGAACCAAGCAGACAAAUUUAAAAUGGAGCUCCUGGAAAGGAGAUACAGCAUGCCCCAAGCACAUCCCGACCGGAUCAACACAGUACCGGAGAGAGUAAGUGCAGAGACAGCCUCGGUUGCUCCAUCCACAGAGUUUCCAGAACCCAGCUUCCAUGAAUAUCACACUGGGACCUUAGACUGGGAGACUUACAUCCACAAGAAUUUGCCAGGGCUCUAUGAGGCUGACGAGGAUGAGCAGGUUGUGUGGCCUCGUGAUUCCCUCUUCCGCUACUUUGAGCUGCUAGAGAAGCUGCAGUACAACCUGGAUGAACGCAAGCAACUGCAGCAGUAUGCUGUGUUGGCUCUGUCCAACCUGGAGGAUAAGUAG